AUGAUCUCCUUUUCAUCGAAUAUACGCCUGCAUAGUGAUGCUAAGCCUUUCAAUUACUUAAGCCAUUCGUCGUACGCACGAGCUUUCAGCUCCAAAUCUGAUGAUUUCGGAAGUAUUGUAGCAUCUGGUGUUACUGGGUCUGGUGAUGGGAAUGGGAAUGAUUGGGUUGAGAAAGCUAAAGAUGUGGUGCAGACUAGUGUCAAUGCUGUUGCUGAGACUGCAAAGAAGACUAAAGAUGUCUCUGAUGAGAUGAUUCCUCAUGUUCAGCAGUUCCUUGACUCUAACCCGUAUCUCAAAGAUGUUAUAGUUCCUGUUAGUCUCACUGUGACUGGUACUUUAUUUGCUUGGAUAGUGAUGCCUAGGAUUCUUAGAAGGUUUCACACUUAUGCUAUGCAAAGUUCCGCUAAACUGCUUCCCGUUGGCUUCUCUAAUGAAGACAUUCCUUAUGAGAAAAGCUUUUGGGGAGCUUUAGAGGAUCCUGCUCGUUACUUGGUGACCUUCAUUGCUUUUGCACAAAUUGCUGCAAUGGUGGCGCCAACAACUAUAGCAGCUCAAUACUUUUCCCCGACUGUGAAGGGAGCGGUUAUUCUCUCAGUUGUGUGGUUCCUGUAUCGGUGGAAGACCAAUGUGAUUACCCGAAUGUUGUCGGCUAAGAGUUUUGGUGGGCUUGAUAGGGACAAGGUAUUGACUUUAGACAAAGUAUCAUCUGUUGGUCUUUUCGCUAUCGGUUUGAUGGCUUCUGCUGAAGCAUGUGGUGUAGCUGUUCAAUCUAUCUUGACAGUUGGUGAGUAA